AUGUCCAUAGAGUUAGUGAAGAUUCUCAAGAAGAGUAUAGCCUUCCUCCAGGAGACCAAAUGUGUAGGACCUAAGGCUAAAGAUGUGGACGGUUAUAAGUUGUGGUACUCAAGAGGCUCGAGGCCUAGGAAUGGAGUAGGUAUUUUAGUAGACGAGGAUCUCAGAGAUCAGGUGGUGGAGGCUAAAAGGGUCAACGACAGGAUGAUGGCGAUUAAGUUAGUCGUUGGAGGGCUUACCUGGAACAUUAUUAGUGGAUAUGAACUGGAAGCGAGCUUGGGCGAGGAAGAAAAUAUGCGUUUUGGGAGGAUUUGGAUGCGGUUGAAGGGUGACAGAGGUCUAUGCAGAGACUGCAAGGUUAUCCUGCGUGAGAAUAUGACAACUAAGCAUAAGCUCUUGGCGAUGGAUUUGGAGAUUACGAGAAAAAAAAGAAGAGGGUGGUGGGUGAUAGACCAAGGAUCAAAUAGGGUGGUUGAUGGCCGCCAAGCUCUGGAGAUAGGAGAAAAGUUGAUGGAGAUGGGGGAGUGGGGGAGUAGUGGUGAUACUAGUAGCAUGUGGGAUAGGUUAGCUAGUUUCAUCAGGGAAGCAACGAGAGAGGUGCUAGGGGUCUCGAGGGGUAACUUUGGUGGACAUCGCGGGCAUUGGUGGUGGAAUAGGGAAGUUCAAGGGAAAGUGGAAGCAAAGAAGGCUGCUUAUGCAAUGUUAGUGGAGAGCAAUGAUGAGGAGGAUAAGUUGAUGAAUAGGGAAAGGUAUAAAAUGGUGAGGAAGGAGGCAAAAUUAGCGGUGACGGUAGCAAAGAAUGUGACUUUCAAACAUUUGUAUGCAGAACUAGAGGACAAAGAUGGGGAUAGAAAGUUGUACAGGCUAGCCAUGGUAAGAGAAAGAAAGGCUCGAGACCUGGACCAAGUGAUGUGCAUUAAUGAUGAUAAAGAAAAUAUCUUGGUGGAAGAGGUACUUAUUAGACGGAAAUGGCAGGAAUAUUUCCAUAGACUCUUGAACGAAGAAGGGGACAAAGUCAUUGUAUUGGGAGAGCUGCAGCACUCUGAGAGGCGUCGCGAUUUUGGGUAUUGUAGGCGUCUUUCAAUUAGAGAGGUCGAGAGGGCUACUGGUAGAAUGCACGGAGGUAGGGAGACCUGGCCUGAUUAG